AUGACCACGCGGGAGCGCUUUUGGGAUGUAGAAAAUUGUCCCGGCCCAAUAGUUCAAGCCACUAAAGAGGAGCUAGAUUGCGAGGCCCACUUUGUUAAAAAUUACACCAGACUGCCAGCUGGCGAUUACUCGGUACGGUUGCCGCUAAAACUCCAUUUGGACUCUUUAGGAGAUUCCUAUCCUCAGGCAUUGCGGAGAUUCUUGUCGCUGGAAAGGAAACUUACAAAGCACCCUGGCUUGAGGGUUAAAUAUGCGGCGUUCAUGAAGGAAUAUCGUGAUCUGGGACAUAUGUCGCCUGUGCCUGCCUCCGAGGUCAGUUCGUGUCGAUAUUUUUUGCCACAUCAUUGCGUUAUGAAGGAGGAUAGCACUACCACCAAGCUUCGCGUUGUCUUUGACGGAUCAGCUGCCACUUCCACUGGUUACUCGCUUAACGAUGUGUUAAUGGCUGGCCCGGUCAUCCAGCCCAAGCUAUUUCACAUCCUAAUUCGAUUUCGCUCACACCCAGUUGCCGUUACAGGAGACAUAUGUAAAAUGUACCGCUGUGUAAAGGUCUCGCAAGAAGAUAGCUAUUUGCAGUGCAUUGUAUGGAGGGACUCCCCGAUCGAUGACCUUCAAGUAUACAAACUCGACACAGUUACCUACGGCACCAAACCAGCCUCCUUCUUGUCCGUAAGGGCUAUGCAGCAGUUGUCAAUCGAUGAGCAGGCAUCGUUUCCCAUGGGAUCAGAAAUCCUUCGUCGUGAUUUCUACGUGGAUGAUCUUAUCUCCGGCUCAGGCACGGUAAAGGAUGCUAUCAGCAUAAUGCAGCAGACGGCUGGCAUUCUUGCGAAGGGCAAGCUCAAGCUAAGGAAAUGGUGCUCUAACAUUCCGCUUGUGCUGGAGGGUGUGCCCGCCGAGGACAAGGAAUCAUUCAUGAAGUUUGAAGAUGGUAGCGAUUUCACCAAAACUUUAGGUCUCGCUUGGGAUCCCGCCUCCGACCAGCUAUUGUUUUCGUUCUCUGCCUUUCAGUCGCCACUGAGACCCUGCAGGCGCUCUGUUUUGUCUGCGAUUGCUAAAUUUUACGAUCCUCUCGGCCUGGUCGGUCCGGUAAUUACAAGGUGUAAAAUCUUUUUGCAGCAGCUCUGCAAGGAAAAGCUGUCCUGGGAUGAAAGCCUCCCGGAAACUCAUAACACGAAAUGGCUUGAUAUAUCGCAGAGUCUGAUCUUGAGGUGCAUGGGUUUUGUGAUGCAAGCAUUGAUGCCUAUGGAGCCUGCGUUUAUGUGGUUUCUAAAGGGAAUCAAAGUUUUAGCCAUUUGCUUUGCUCGAAGUCGCGCAUAG